UCGAGAGGGCCAGCAUGUUGGUAAUCCUGCUGAACUGCGUUACUCUGGGGAUGUUUCACCCUUGUGAGGACAGCCACUGUGACUCAGAGCGAUGCAAGAUACUGGAGGACUUUGAUGAUUUCAUCUUUGCUUUUUUUGCUGUGGAGAUGGUAAUCAAGAUGGUUGCACUGGGCAUCUUUGGGAAAAAGUGUUACCUUGGAGACACCUGGAAUCGGCUAGACUUCUUCAUUGUGUUGGCUGGGAUGCUGGAAUACUCUCUCAACUUGCAGAAUGUUAGUUUCUCUGCAGUCCGGACGGUCAGAGUACUUCGACCUCUUCGGGCUAUCAACCGAGUGCCCAGUAUGAGGAUCCUGGUGACGCUUCUGCUGGACACUCUUCCCAUGCUGGGCAAUGUGCUGCUGCUUUGCUUCUUUGUUUUCUUCAUCUUUGGGAUCGUAGGGGUCCAGCUAUGGGCCGGGCUUCUCCGCAAUCGCUGCUUCCUCCCAGAAAACUUCUCCCUGCCUACCAGUCUAGACCUGCACAACUACUACCACACAGAAAACGAUGAUGAGAAUCCGUUUAUCUGUUCGCAACCACGGGAGAACGGCAUGCGCUUGUGCACCUCCAUCCCCACGCUCCACGAGGAGGGCCGGCAGUGCCAGCUGGACAUGGCAGCUUACAAUAGCACAGACAACACCACCUGCGUCAACUGGAACAAGUAUUACACCAACUGCUCUGCCGGAGAGGCCAAUCCCUUCAAGGGGGCUAUAAACUUUGACAACAUUGGUUAUGCCUGGAUUGCCAUCUUCCAGGUUAUUACUCUGGAGGGUUGGGUGGACAUCAUGUACUUUGUUAUGGAUGCUCACUCCUUCUACAAUUUCAUCUACUUCAUCCUCCUGAUAAUAGUGGGCUCAUUCUUCAUGAUCAACCUUUGUCUAGUUGUCAUAGCGACACAGUUCUCUGAGACCAAGCAACGGGAGAGCCAGCUUAUGAAGGAGCAGAGAGUGCGCUUCAGGUCCAACGCCAGCACGCUCAAUAGCUUCUCUGAGCCAGGAAGCUGCUACGACGAGCUUCUCAAGUAUCUAGUCCACAUCAUCCGCAAAGGCACCAGACAACUCGCCCACCUCAUCCGAGCCGCCGGUCGCAGGGCGGGCCUGCGGAUUUGCGCUUCUCCGCCUUUGGAACCGCCGCCCACGAAAAGACGCCGGCAGAAGCAGCGCCAGGGAUCCAUCCGUCACGUCGUGCACCAUCACCAUCAUCACCUCCACCAUCACUACCAUCUGGGCAAUGGGAGUAUCCGAACUGAUGGGGCCAGAGAGGUGGACAACCAGAGCUCCCAGAGUGGCAAUGUCAGCAACUCUGGGCGUCUCAUGCUACCUGUCAUUGUCCCUCAGCAGGACCCCUUUGGUGGGUCUCUUGGCCCCAGUGGUGCAGAAUCUGUGCAUAGUGUUUAUCAGACCGCGGGCCACCUUGAGCCGCUGCGCUGCGGCCCCUCGCCUUCUCCCACGGUGCUCCAGGCAUAUAAGAGGAACUCAGUGCCAUUUGCGGCUCCAGUACAUAAGAACUACCCCACGUUACAGCCGUCUCUGGCCUUAGAGCAACUCAGACAGAGAAUUCUGGAGCCAGGAGGAGGCAGUUGCACUGCUAGUGUUCUUACCAAUCUAAACAUCCCCCCAACUCCCAUCAACACCUCACAGUGCCUGGUGGAGACACAAGGUCCUCCUGGCAAGAUCAUCUGUAAGGAUGCUCUCAUGAACUGCAGUGGCACAAACUUGGACACAGCUUUGACCUUUGACCCCGAGACGUGUCCGUAUUGCACCAAAUCGAUGUCCAACGACUCAGAGGGAGUAGAUGGGAAUGAAACAGCAGACUCUGACAGUGAGGGCGUAUAUGAGUUCACACAGGAUGCCCAUUAUCGGGACAGCAGAGAUCCCAACAGGAAGAAGAAGAAGUUUGCACUAGGAGCUCGGGCAGCAAAGGUGGUCCGUUUCUGGAGGCUGGUGUGCGACACUUUCCGUAAGAUUGUGGACAGCAAGUACUUUGGACGUGGAAUAAUGAUCGCCAUUCUCAUCAACACACUCAGCAUGGGCAUUGAGUACCAUGAGCAGCCUGAUGAGUUGACCAACGCUCUGGAAAUCAGUAAUAUUGUCUUCACCAGUUUGUUUGCGCUGGAGAUGCUCCUGAAGCUGCUGGUUUAUGGUCCUUUCGGCUACAUCAAGAACCCUUACAACAUCUUUGACGGCAUUAUCGUGGUAAUCAGCGUCUGGGAGAUUGUUGGUCAGCAGGGAGGAGGUUUAUCCGUGCUGAGGACCUUCAGGCUCAUGCGGGUGUUGAAGCUGGUCCGCUUCAUGCCCGCUCUGCAGAGGCAGCUGGUGGUCCUCAUGAAGACCAUGGACAAUGUUGCCACCUUCUGCAUGCUGCUCAUGCUUUUCAUAUUCAUUUUCAGUAUUCUAGGCAUGCACCUGUUUGGAUGUAAAUUCGGCUCCGAGAGAGAUGGAGACACACUUCCUGACCGCAAGAACUUUGACUCUUUGCUGUGGGCCAUUGUUACAGUUUUUCAGAUCUUGACUCAGGAAGACUGGAAUAAGGUACUGUAUAAUGGGAUGGCCUCCACUUCUCCUGUGGCUGCUCUGUACUUCAUCGCCCUCAUGACUUUUGGAAACUAUGUCCUGUUCAACCUGUUGGUGGCUAUCUUAGUGGAAGGAUUCCAAACCGAGGAAAUAUCCAAGAGGGAAGAUUUGCAUGGCCAGCUGAGCUGUAUUCAGCUGCCUAUAGACUCAGGGGGUGAUGCCUCGAAGUCAGAUUCUGAAGCAGAUUUCUAUGCACGGAGUUUGGAGGAUGUUUCAGGACAUAAGAAGGAUCUAUGUGCAUCAUCCGUUGUGCCCAUCAAUGGCCAUGUGGAUUUGAAGAGCAGCCUGACCCCUCCUCUCAUCACUCACACAGCCGCAACACCCAUGCCCAUACCUAAGAUAUCAGGAGGAGGAGAUCCGGCACUAGGCUACGAGUCCCGCAGAGGCAGCAAUGUCUCCAUGGAUCCCAAUGGCCAAGACAAAUCUCCAUCGAGUGCACGGAGCUCCCCAAAUGCCCCCUGGAGUUCAGCCAGUAGCUGGAACAGCAGGCGCUCCAGCUGGAAUAGCCUGGGCCGAGCCCCCAGCCUCAAGAGGCAGAAACGCCAGUCUGGCGAACGACGCUCCUUGCUGUCCGGCGAUGGCCAAUCCAGCUCCGACGAGGAAGAUGCAGGAGAGAGUGGGGGCGGUGGAGGCAUGUCUGAGGGCGAUGAUGCCUCCCUCGCCAGGACGGACUCCCUGGGCCAAAGACCUCGGCACAGGCGCAUGGAAUCCCUGGAGACACGUAGCUCGUUUGAUCUGCCUCCAGACACCCUGCAGGUGCCAUACGUGCAUCGUUCCGCCAGCAUACACAGCGCCCGGCCGCCAAACUUCCUUAGCAAUGGCAAGAGUUCUCCAUCUGCAGCCACCACACAGCUUUCUCUAGAUGAACACCAUAGUGAGGAUGACAAUGCGGAUGAUGAAGGAAACCUGAGUCGGAAGGCUCGUCUCUACCGCUGGCUGGAGCACAAGCAGCCCCAAUGGUGUCGGGAAAGAGUCACCUGGUCUCUUUAUCUGUUUCCCCCACAAUCACGGUUUCGUGUGACCUGCAAUAAAAUCAUCACUCACAAGAUGUUUGACCAUGUGGUUCUUGUCAUCAUCUUUCUCAACUGCAUCACUAUUGCCAUGGAGAGGCCCAGAAUCGACCCCUCCAGCGCUGAACGCAUCUUCCUGACGUUGUCCAACUACAUAUUUACUGCCAUCUUUGUGACUGAAAUGACAAUAAAGGUGGUUGCUUUGGGCUGGUGUCUCGGUGAGAAGACCUACCUGAAGAGCAGCUGGAACAUUCUGGAUGGCAUGCUGGUGAUGAUCUCCGUUAUUGACAUCCUGGUAUCCAUGAUCUCCAACAGCGGCACUAAGAUCCUGGGAAUGCUUCGGGUGCUACGUUUACUGAGGACCCUGCGGCCGCUCAGAGUGAUCAGCAGAGCUCCAGGACUGAAGCUGGUUGUUGAGACACUGAUGUCAUCACUCAAGCCUAUCGGGAACAUUGUCGUCAUCUGCUGUGCCUUCUUCAUUAUUUUUGGCAUCUUAGGAGUUCAGCUCUUCAAAGGAAAGUUCUUUGUGUGCCAUGGGGAGGAUACGAGGAACAUCACCAACAAGUCUGAUUGCCUCCAGGCUAACUACAAAUGGAUCAGGCACAAGUACAACUUUGAUAACCUUGGGCAGGCCCUCAUGUCCCUUUUUGUUCUGGCUUCCAAAGACGGCUGGGUGGACAUAAUGUACGACGGACUGGAUGCUGUUGGUGUCGAUCAGCAGCCCGUCAUGAAUUACAACCCGUGGAUGCUGCUCUAUUUCAUCUCCUUCCUGCUGAUCGUGGCUUUCUUCGUGCUCAACAUGUUCGUCGGCGUGGUGGUCGAGAACUUUCACAAGUGCCGGCGGCACCAGGAGGCCGAAGAAGCCAAGCGGCGCGAGGAGAAGCGCCUUAAACGCAUGGAGAAAAAAAGAAGGAAUGUAAUGCUGACCGGUGUCAGUUGGUCCAGUCCCGAUCACACACAAGAAGCCCAGAGUAAACCCUACUACUCCGAUUACUCACCUACACGGCUUCUCAUCCACAAGAUGUGCACCAGCCACUAUCUGGACCUGUUCAUCACGAUUGUCAUCGGGCUUAAUGUCAUCACCAUGUCCAUGGAGCACUACCAGCAACCUAAGGUUCUGGAUGAGGCUCUGAAGAUCUGUAACUACAUUUUCACAAUCAUAUUUGUCCUAGAGUCCGUCUUCAAGCUUGUCGCCUUUGGAUUUCGCCGCUUCUUCAAGGACAGGUGGAACCAGUUGGAUCUUGCCAUUGUUCUGUUGUCUAUUAUGGGCAUAACACUGGAGGAAAUUGAGGUCAACGCUUCCCUUCCCAUCAACCCCACCAUCAUUCGCAUCAUGAGGGUGCUGCGGAUCGCUCGUGUGCUGAAGCUACUUAAGAUGGCUGUGGGAAUGCGUGCGCUACUAGACACUGUGAUCCAGGCCUUGCCUCAGGUGGGGAAUCUGGGUCUUCUCUUCAUGUUGCUCUUCUUCAUCUUCGCUGCUCUGGGAGUAGAGCUGUUCGGUGACCUGAUAUGUGAUGAGCUGCACCCCUGUGAAGGUCUCGGCCGUUAUGCCACAUUCAAGAAUUUUGGCAUGGCUUUCCUCCUGCUGUUCCGUGUGUCCACUGGGGACAACUGGAAUGGGAUUAUGAAGGACACGCUCAGAGAUUGCUCCCAAGACACGGGCAUCUGCUACAACACGGUGGUGUCCCCCAUUUACUUCGUGUCCUUUGUUCUUACGGCUCAGUUUGUACUGGUCAAUGUGGUGAUCGCUGUGCUCAUGAAGCACCUGGAGGAAAGCAACAAAGAGGCCAAGGAGGAGGCUGAGCUGGAAGCCGAGAUGGAGCUUGAGCUGGAGGCUGUGGGUGGAGAUGGAGGAAUAUCCCGAGGACACAUGCCACCUCUGGGACAUGGGGACAUAUGUGGACCAGGAGGGUCGCCUUGGAUCUCAAGAGACUCUCGAGAGAUUUCAGGACCUCUUUACCCUACAGACAGUCCACCUGCAGACAUACGCAGAAACUCUGAAGAUCACAUAAAGACAGACCCUGAUCCUCCUCAUAAUUUGGAGCCGCCAUUAGAGCGGAGGCCUAUGUUUGACUCAGUUUCCCUGGUGAUCCAGGGGUCAUUGGAAGGAGAGCUCAGCCUCAUGGACAACCUAUCUGGCUCCAUCUGCCACUACUACGCUCUGCCCCCCCUUCCCAGCAAGCACUGCACUGAGAAACAGAUUCCUCUAGCCGAGAUGGAGGCUCUGUCUCUGGCGUCGGAGAAAUCCUGGUCCUUAGCUCUGACGGAUGACUCUGUCCCAGAUGAUUUUAACCCCCUCUUACUAACCAGUCAGGAGUGCAAUACUACAGCUCCAGCAGAUCCCCCAGACCCCCAGCAGCCAGACGAGCUAACGGAUGAGCACUUACUGUAUGUGAAAAAGACCUCAGUGGGCCGCACGCAUUCUCUGCCCAAUGACAGCUACAUGUUCCUGCCGCUGCAGCCCAACUCAACCCACAGCACCCACACAACCUCACCUCACCUCGCUCAGACAGGGUCUACAGGCUCUAUCCAGGCUCAAACAGAAGAACCCACACAGCACUUGAUUGUGCCCACAGAUCUGUUCAGACCGAUCAGUCCUCAUAGCUUAUCAGACUCAGAGAGCAUCCCACGAAUCCCCCCACCUCGCCGGGCACACACUCUCUCACGAACCCUGCGCAGACAGCUCAGCAUGGUACAACCCAAGCCUGACCCCGAGCUGCUCCUGAGGCACAGAUACUCCUGUUUCUGAGAGAGCUGGAAUGGGCUGCUUGGUUCAGCUGGCCUCCAGCGCCACAGAUCCUUGAACUCCGUCCCCAACUCAGUCCCUCCUUCUCCUACCACACCCCCCUAAAACCCGUUCCUCCAGCCCAACGCAUUUCACAAUGGCUACUGUAAAGGCCAAAACUGCAGGGUGAAGAUCAUGGGGAAUGAAAUGAGUUGACUGACAUCUCAUUCGAGUUGCUUAAGACAUUAUAUGCAAUGCCAUUUAGAGGUUAUGUAAACGCAGAUCAUUUUAAUUCUGGUCAUUAUGAUUUUUAUUUAAAAGAAAAUCUUCUAAAAAUAUGUAUUCAAACAGCAUGUCUGAGUCAAUUGUUGGUCAUGCAAAUGUAAAAACAAUUUUCUGCCACUAGGGGGCAGCAUAGUUUCAAUCAUACAAGUUUCAACAUCAAACAGGGAUGCUUAUGGCUCAGCCUCUUACUUAAUGUCAGCUAACUUUCCAAAUUUGACAUGGUUUCCUCGUGAUCUUUAGCCCCUCCCAAAACACCCACCCACCUCUCUCCUACUGGGCCUGUUUCUCUCGGACUCCCUUGAUUAAAAGCAAGUGACAGUUUUAGGUAUAAUUCUGAGAGAAGGAGACCCCAGAAAGAGACGUGGGUCUUGUGGUCUGUUGCAGUAGCCCAGUGGCUCAGAGUGCAGUCUGCCAAACAGUGCCUGUAGUUUUGCCCUAGGGUAAAUGUUUCUCUGCCCUAGUUAAAACAGUACAUCUAUUACAAACUUUUCUCUGAAAGUGCAAUUGAUAUUGUUAGUUUUCACCUAUGUGACUUCACCCACAGCAGUAGCAAGUACAGUGCUGCUACUCAGGCAUUGUGUCAGCUUAGUUCAUGGUAAAGAAGAGACAUAAAGAUAUAAAGCAAAGGAAGACAAAUAUUGAUUUGCUAACUUUCUCCAGUAUACUGUACACUUUCUGAUUUUGGUGAAAGUGCACUAGGUAUACUUUCCUAUCAGUAAAGGCAAAAACAAGGCCUGGGGGCGGUUCUAGGGUCAGGGGGUUUUCAGUGCUUUGCCCAAACCUCUGUGGAUGCAUAUGAGUCAUCAUUUGAUUAAAUAUUAGAGUAUUAAAAAAUUUAAGUAAGUGUUGAAAUGUUACAUCUGGAAGAUAUCAUUUUAUGAAGUAAAUAUUUAUUUUACCGGUUAAAAAAAUUAAAAAAGGUCUCAUCUCUAUGCAUGCCAAACGUACAGGUUCACAGUAGUGUCAUGACUUGUCAAAGCAAGUGUUUUGUUUAUAAGAUAAUAUACGGCUUAAAUAAGUGCUUUUGAGGGAAAAAUAGUUGGCCAUGGCUUCAUAAAAGAUUUCCAAGAGCCGCAAGUGGUCAGGCUCGAGCACAAAAGUAUAUUCCGUUCUCUCUGCAAAAUACUAAGUGCGUAUUGCAUCUGGAUGGAGUGCAGCUCUGACCAAAAAGUCAGUAGAUCCUCUACUUUCUUCUUUCAUGUCUGAUUUAUAGAACGGAUUACUAGAGACCUGACAUUAAAACUCAAAGUAAUAAAAACCAAAAUGCGGGCAUAAGCCCUGGAAGCCCAUCCCUAGGACCGUCCAUGAGCCUAAAAAGGACUAAGAAUGUUUUCAACUAGUGGUUAACUGGUUGUUAAAUUAGGAAUGUUACUUCAGAAUGUUUUGUAGCACAAUUUAAGCACUAUUUUUGUCGGUUAAAGGUUUAACGCGUGGCCGGGAUGUUUUGGUACGUUUUGUGGCGAGUCGCUUCGUUUGAUACUUUCAAGUUUGAUACAAACUUUUGAAAAUAGAAGAACAUCAACAUCAGAUUCUAAAUGUUGGCUACCUCUGAUUGGGGCUAUGAAUGCAUUCAAAACAGAUGCCCUGAGGCGGCGUCUCUAUUUUUCUAAUUUCACCUCUAAUCCUUUGAAGCAGAGAGCUUGUGGAGUGCAAUGCUAAUGGUGAACUCCACUCUAACUCCACGGCUCCCCUCCCCUUCCACUAGCUUCUACAUCCCUAACAUCUCAUACUAACCAGUCUCCCUCUCACCUGUUCAUGUCCUAAUCCCUAAUGUUACCCCUUACCUUCCCCUCACCUCCUCCCGUCCCUGCUCUCUUCAGGUGGCAGUGAGUGCUGACUCUCAGGAGACUCUAUACACAGAGGGAGGGGAAAACGAGGGUCCCCUGGGG